UGCAUAGCAUUAUUUUCCUUCUCGUUUUCCGGGAAAGUGGAAUAACAGAUGAAUACCAGAGCACGCACCACUCUUCACUCAAUGAAAACUCCUUUAAAUGAUGGCAGAGACAAGAUGGAAACUCGAGGGAGUAAAGCAAUGGCUUCCCAGAAAACCGUGAAAAAUGGGCGUCGAUCCAAUCGAGAAAGGAAGAUGGCUUUGUUACAAGAUGUAGAUAAGUUGAAGAGGAAGCUCAGACAUGAAGAGAAUGUUCACAGAGCCUUAGAAAGAGCAUUUACAAGACCAUUGGGAUCUUUACCUCGUCUUCCUCCUUAUCUUCCUCCAUAUACAUUAGAGCUUCUGGCUGAAGUAGCAGUGUUGGAGGAGGAGGUGGUUCGACUUGAAGAGCAGGUUGUGAAUUUCAGACAAGGUCUAUAUCAAGAAGCUGUCUACAUUUCCUCCAAGAGGAAUGCAGAAAAUUUGAACGACCCAAUUGACCAAAACUCCAUAAGGAGUUCCAAGCAUCGAAGAUCAAAAUCCUUUUCCCAAAGUGAGUUUAAUUCAACUAUCAUGGCAAGGCCUCCUCAGCCUUCUUCUCUUGCCAGAAGUGCUUCCAGCAGAAAGCUAUUAUUCUCCUCUAUCCCAGAAGAGGGAAGGGGAAAAGAGAAUCGAUCAUUUAGUAAUUUUGUGAAGGAUAAGCAAUCUCCAGAGAAGAAAACAGCUAAAGUCAUUAUUACUCCAGUGAAGAAAUCUCCACUCAAACAAGAACCUGCUGAGAAGUGCAUGGAUCACUUGAAGUUACAGUUGGACUGGAGAUUAGCAGAUCAGGAAAGGGCAGAGAGUUCCUCAAGUUCAUCAGAUGAUAAGGUAUCAGAAGUUGAUAGCACUCCCAAUAGAGUUUCAGAGGAUAUUGUCAAGUGUUUGUCUAGCAUAUUUGUGAGAAUUGCUUUUAACCAAUGCAGCAAGGAAAAGGAUCAGUCCUGUGAUCCUUAUGGUAUCUGUUCAGAAUCCAAAACAAGUGAUGUUGGUCCAUAUAAGAAUUUAUGUGAAGUUAAAGCCUCCACUGUUGAUCUCAACCGAACAACAAAUGCAGUGUUUCUGAUCCAUAGAUUAAAGUUCCUGCUUGGGAAGCUUGCCUCUCUGAACUUGAAGGGUCUUACACAUCAGGAAAAACUUGCAUUCUGGAUAAACACUUACAAUUCCUGCAUGCUGAAUGCAUAUUUAGAGCACGGCAUACCUGAAAGUCCUGAAAUGGUUGUAGCACUAAUGCAGAAGGCAACGAUAGUAGUGGGAGGACAGUUGCUGAACGCAAUUACAAUAGAGCAUUUUAUCUUGAGACUGCCUUAUCACCUGAAAUUUACCUGUCCAAAAGCUGCAAGAAAUGAUGAGGUGAAAGCACGAAGCAUAUUUGGCCUCGAGUGGUCUGAGCCCUUGGUAACAUUUGCACUUUCCUGUGGAAGCUGGUCUUCACCUGCAGUGAGGGUGUAUACAGCAUUACAAGUUGAUGAUGAGUUAGAAGCAGCAAAGAGAGAUUAUUUACAGGCUUCAGUUGGCAUUACAAAAGCAAACAAGUUAAUAAUCCCCAAGUUGCUGGAUUGGUAUUUACUCGACUUUGCAAAGGACUUGGAUUCUUUAUUGGAUUGGGUCUGUUUCCAACUACCUGACGAAAUAAGAAACCAAGCAGUUGAAUGCCUUGAAAGAAGGGGAAGAGAGUCCCUUUCGCAGUUGAUACAAAUGAUGCCUUAUGAUUUCAGUUUCAGGUUGCUUUUACCACAGUAACUCAGAAGUGUUGUUCAUCAAUCAACCCUUGAACUUAGGUGUGGUGGUUUUUUUUUUUUUUUUUUUUUUU